CGCCAUUUUACUGUGGUCUAAACAAGUGCGGCUUCGGUAGGCAUCGAACCGGGACGGGGUCUUCCUACAUUACACAACUUUUAAAACAUAUUUUAAAACCUGAAACUGGUAAUUGACACCCCAUACUCUGUUUCGAUAUUCAUUACACUGUUGUUGUACUUGUACUAAAAGUUAAUACCAAGGCAUUAUAAAGCGGACAACCACUAGCUAGUGUAGGCUAACGCAACGCUAACGAUAAGGUCGCGAGAUAGUGGUGGUUUUGGUAGGCCUCUGCGGUGUAGCAUAAGGUAAUAUAUCAAUGAAAUAAAAACACAAACGCAAUAUAACACAUGUAAAGGCGGGUGUUAGACGUUAGACAUGCAUUUAAUUUGACAUGUACUCCACUAUUGUAUCUAAUGUUAGUGUUUGUUGCUCUUCAUACAGUAACGUUAUUGCUUUCCAUCACUGCUGGGAAUCGUUCGUAGUUCGCUCCAGCUAACUCUUGAGCUACUUUUUAAAUUUAUACACCGUAAGUAUCUGAUUGUUGUCUUGACUGUUUUGUUUUUUUAAAGUUCUAUUUUAAAUACUUAAACUCUCACUGUAGGUGACCUGUAACUUAGCUAAGCUUUUCUCAGUCACGUUUAUUGGUCUCGGAUAUCUUUAACUGUAACGUUACAUUAACGACGUUUUAAUUUGGGGCUCCAGGAGAAAUCCCGUUAUUUGAUGUACUUUUAAUUUGACUUAGUAACUUUGUAAAUCAUUAUUUGUGUUUCGCGUCUAAAUACUAUUUGGCUUCGCUACAGUUUUUUUUCCUUCUCUUCCUUAAGAUGGAAGCCAGAGUUGUUAUUCAGGCUUAUCAGUGUCGAACUGAGGCCUACAUAUCUGGGGAAUAUAAACAACCCAGGCCUGGACUCUGGAAAAGUGCACUUUCAGCUUUUUAUUCUGAAUUCGAUACUUGAAAUACAUAAACAUUGGUUAAUAAUGUAGUGAAAUAGUCUGUCCACUAACCUGGACUCUAAAACUAAACUCCUCUGCAGUCAUUGUUGAUUGUAUUGUGUCUCACUCUUUGCAGAAAUGUCCAACUGUCACCUUUGUAUUUGUGAAGAACUAUCUGUCUCUUAAUAACACUUUGUUGCAGUUCCCUGGGGGAGUGUUUUUGGUUCAUUUUGUAGGUUUAAAUCCAUCCUCUUGGCUCUUUGUGGGAAUCCCUGGAUAUGGAUAGCAUUCCCCCAUGAGAAUACAUUGGCAGAAGAUCUUUUUUUUCCUCUUCAUCAUUGGUUGAAAAUCUCUUAACGGCUUGAAUAUCCUGUCCAUUUUUUCUUCUAUUACCAUCACCCAAAUGUCACCAAGUCCAAGAAGAAGCUGAGGAUUGUUUUUCCACCUACCAUCCACCUCCUUUUUGCCCAAUCCAAGCCUUUUUGGAGAUCAAUUUUUUUUAUUUUCUGGCUGUUUAUGCCCCCCCUACUUCUUUAUUUUAUUAGUUGCACCAAUUAAUAAAAAAUAAUAAAAAAAAGUUCCCAACGGACUCUAUUGCAUCCACCUUCAGUGAAGCUUAGCAGUCUUGCGGGGAUAAAGAUUUCUCAGUCUCAGAAAAGGGAUGUCGUAGGAAGACAAGUGUCUCUGGACGACCCACCCCUCUUUUCCUCUUAUCUCACGGAUCAAGUGUUCCUUCAGGACUCCAUACCACCAAGGAGACACCCCACCAGCAGUGAGGGAUACAACUUAUAAGCCACCUCAGAGAGCCAGCUGCUGGUUUUAAAGGUUGUUACCUCACCACCUCCACCACCUGAGGAGUCCCAGCAUUACUAUGACCAACCAUGGAGAUGACUGCUACUUCUUUUACUAUUCCACCUGCACUAAAGGAGACGGGUGCCCAUUCAGACACUGUGAGGCAGCUAUGGGCAGUGAGAUAGUCUGCAACCUCUGGCAGGAGGGACGCUGUUUCCGUACCGUCUGCAAGUUUCGCCACAUGGAGAUCACAAAAAACCGGAAGGAAAUACCUUGUUAUUGGGAGAGCCAGUCAGCCGGCUGCCAGAAACCACAUUGUGCCUUCUUCCAUGAAAGGCCCCGAUUCAUCGAGGGCAUGUUUGUGCCACCGGAUAAAAGCCUAAGCAAAGCUGAAGAACAGCCACAUGAGGAACAUGAAGCUCCCCCGCCAGCUGCCCCCCUCCCCACUGCAGCCAAUCCACAGCUCAGAGGCGUCAUUAAGACAGAAACUCAGGAGCCAGUACCAAGCCCCACACACCCACCAGUGGUAAUUAAUCCAGCAGAUGAUGACGAGGAUGAAGAUGACCAGUACUCAGAGGAGGGAGAGGAUGGAAAGGUUGGCCUCUCUCCUAGAAAACUACCCAAGUCAGACUCUUUGAACUUUGGAGUGAGCACCUUGGAGGAGAUACGACUUAGGAAGGCCCUGAAGGCCAGCAUGAAGAGAUCCGGUUACCCCAUCCAGAGUGCUGAUACAUCCAACGGAGAGAAAGAAAAUAUCCAGUCAUUCUUUCGACCAUCCCUCUUUGAGACAGGAGAUGGUAAACAUUGCCCACUUCAAGAAACUGGGAGACCCAGAGGCAGUGUGGCUGAAAGGCUUGGAAAGAAGAUGCCCAGCAGCGAUAUGAACAAUGGAGACGGUGUUCCACUGAGAAAGGGUUUGGCUGGGCGUCUGGGAAGAAUUCUGGAUGAGGAAGAGCCAUUUAUGCCCCCUCAAAAAGCUUUGAAACCGAUUAAGGACAGACUUGGAUUGCCCAGGUCUGUUUCACCCACCAAACCAACUGAGCCCAACGUGGAGUCAAGGAAAGCAUCUGAGCACGUCCGCAUCAAAACUCUGGAGGAAAUCAGACAGGAGAAGGCAGCAAAGUCCCAGAGCUGUAAAGCCAAUCCUGAAACCGACAUAGCCAAACCCACCAAGGGUAUCAAGCGAGCUAUCACCAUCAAAAAGGAUCCCAUUAGUCACAUCAAAACCUUCUCUGAGAUCCUGCAUGCCAAGAAGAAAAAGCAGGAGGAACAGGAACAAAACCACACCAUCAAGAAAGCCAGGCUCAAUGUGGAGAAAGCUGCAGGCAAGAGCCAGGGAGCGUCUGACACAGUGGCUGCUAGUCCUGAGGCAACAAACCUGGGCGAGGUUAGAGUGAAGACUCUGGAGGAGAUCCGGAUGGAGAAGGCAGGCAGGAGUCCGUCGCAGCAGCCCCAUGAGGCUGAGAACAAGAAGAGCUCUGAUUCUGAAGACACUGAUGCUAAAAAGCCACGCCUACUGCGCACCAAGAAACCGGCCCCGCACACAGGCAAUGGAACGCAAGAGAAGAGUGAUGAAGUGACUGAGAAGACAGUGAAAGCUCCCCCUGGUGCUCCUGAGGCCAGUGCUGCCACCAGAAACAAUGUCAAGGUCAAGACCUUUGAGGAAAUCAUGCGGGAGAAGCGCCUUCGCAAGCAGGAAAUGGAGGAGCAAGCCAAAGGCUCAACUCAAGCAGAGCCUUCUCAGAAACAAACCACUGAAGGAACUUUGAAAAGGAAGGUUCCUGCUAAAGUCACUGUCACAUACCAAGGCUCUUCAUCCCCUGACUCUACCCCUUCGACCCAAAAGCACCCUGUUGGUAAACUGAUCCCCCUCAAAUCCAAAGCUGCUUCCCCUCUGAACAGCACAACUCCUGGUACAAGAUCUGCUGCUGUUACAACAACAACCUCGAGCCCUGUGAAGAAAAGCUCUUCUCCACAGCAAGCUGAGACCAAGUGUGACUCGCAGAGCCCCGGCAGCUCCAGAGAGGUCCCAGACAAAAACACAAGGAGUCCCACUUCACUGUCACUAGCCAGGCAGGCCAGAGCGGCUCCCCAGGGUGCUACUUCUGAUACAGCACUGAACAAUUAUCAGAAAUCCCCAGAACACACUGCAGAAACUAAAGUGAGGCCCAAACUGAAUGUGAAGCCGUCUGUCAUGAAGCCUGCAGUGCAGCUGAAACCGGGCCAGAAGAGGAGGGGGGCACAGCGCUCUGCUGUUGCUGCUGUUAAACCCCUGAACAGCGGCCCCACAGUGCAGGAGGGGCCACGGGCGGAGACAGCAUGCAGAGGCAGACAUGAGUUCCCGCCAUCCAAUACAGAGGCUCAGCUGAGCGCUGCUGUCCCCCGUAGUCCCAGCACCCUGCUGGACUCAGGGUCUGGCUCCAGCCCCCUGACAGAGGAGCUCCAGACUGUCCCUGUGUUCACACAGAGCCAAGAGACCCCACAGUCUGCCAGAGACGCCUGCACCGUCCCCCAAAGCCCAGUCCUGAAGUCCCCCACACAGCCAAAGACACGAAGACUGAGUGCAGUCCGCACCAUCUCCACCUCCAGCGCUGCCGCCUCCACCUCCGCCGUGGAUGACUUUGAGGAGCUGAUAAACGAGUUUACCGAUGACCAUCUGGAGGGAGACAUGGACCCUGGCAUCGAAGAGGAUGACCUGCUGCAGGAACUCUCAGAGAUGAUUGACAGCUGAGGGCUCAGUCAAGCACAAUCAACCCCCUUCCCCAACUUCUUGCCCACAACCAUGUCUUGUUAUCAAGAAGUGAAAACCAUCAGCACAUCUACCCUUUCAAAAAAGAAAUGUUCUCCUAAAGGUUAAACUUAUUUGAAACUUUAGGUUCAUAUUGGUUUUUACCUUUUUGAAAUCUCCUUCAUUUCCUGCCAAUUUGAUCAUCUGCUUACACCAGGGUUAUUCUGCAGGGUUUAAACUCUUUCUUUAUCAUGUCAGUUCAUGAUCAUUGUUAAACUUUUCAGGUUUUGAAAAGAGAAAUUUGAAAAAGGUUGGCUCUGGGAGAUAGUUAAUAACAUCAGUUUGUCAGGAGUCCUGGACGAUGUUACAUUGUGGGAAUGAUGAAUGUGUUAUUUUAGAGGGAAGUCACAUCUGUAUACUGUGUAUGCAAAGGGAAGAGCAAUCUGGGUAUGUGAAUAAUGAAUACUGCUGAAAGUAGCCUUCCCCUAAAUACUUUUUUGUUUUGUUUUUUUGUUUUCCCAGAUUAUGAUUAAAUGUGUUCAUUUUAAUUUAACAAUGACAACCCUGUGUCAACAAAGCUCAGAUCAGAUCCUGUGAGCAACAUACAUACCAUCAGUCAUGUUACUAUGUGAAACUGGUGUAUGUGUUCAUAGAUUUUUCACACAGAUCCUUUGGAGUGCACCUUCUGCCACUGGAUGUUCUUUAGUGUUUUUAUAAUGUUUGAAUUUUUGUUUUACAGCAGUUAUUUUAUGCAGUGGAAAUACUUUUAAAACAUCUAGUCUGGUAUAAAAAGCUCUCUGGGCUUUGUUAAAGAGCACCUCAGGGACUGUUUCUGAUGUUUGUAUGUUCCCAAUAUGAUCAACAGUGUAUUUGAGUUCAACAAUGCUGUCUUUAGUUGUCUAUUCUCUUUUGUGUUGGCAUUGGCUUAUCAAUAUGAUGUGAGAAAAGUUCAACUAGUUUUUUAGUCUUAAUACGUGUUUUUUUCUGUCAUGACCCUUUCCCACGAGCUUACUGUUAAAUCACUUAUACAUAUUACUGUGUAAAUAAAAAGUGCUUUUAAUGACGA